CAAUGUUGUUGUUGUUGUUAUCUAUUGCUUUAGGCUGCAAAGUUUGUCGGGCUUUGCUGUUGUUGUUGUUACAUGGCUUAACGAUUGCAUGUCGCACUUUCUUCCUAAGUAUAUAAAAGCGCCGAGCUAGCGAAGCUUUGGUAUUAUUCAGUGGUGAAAAGUGGCAACGUUCAGUUCGAUCAGCACAAAGUAGUGAUCUCGUUUAAUGCAAUAAAACGCAAAUUGUUUGAAAUAACAAAAAAUAUCUAUAAAAUACCUUUUUGGUGUUGAAAUAACAUAAUUUAAUAUAUAACUAAGCGCUCAAUUAAUAAUAAAAACAACAACUAAUUCUUUCGAAAUGGCACUGAAGUAUUUGAUUUUCGCUUCUGCGCUCUGUCUUACCAUGGCUUCACCGAUAGGCCAUUAUUAUGAGGAACAACAUGGUGGCUAUGAGGAGCUCGGCGGACACGAACUCGGUGGUCAAGAGCUAGGUGGACACGAUCUUCAUCAAAUCGAACGCGUCUCUUUGGGCGAGGAACAUCACGGUUAUGAGCAAGAGGAAGAGCAUGUGGAUUAUUAUGCUCCACCAAAAUAUGCUUUCAAAUAUGGCGUGAAUGACUUCCACACUGGAGAUGUGAAAUCGCAACAUGAAUCGCGCGACGGCGAUUCCGUUAAAGGACAAUACUCCUUGGUCGAACCGGAUGGCUCAAUCCGCACCGUGGACUACACAGCGGACAAACACAACGGUUUCAAUGCUGUCGUGCACAAAACCUCACCGGUACACCACGAGGAAGGACAUUAUUAAGGAAAUUUAAAGGCAUAAACGAUUUAAAUGUAAUUGAAGCCAAGCUUAGCAACAGCGGCAGCAGCAGAAACAUAGUACUUAGUAAUAAAUUCCAAACGAAUUAGCUAAAUUAUAAAUGAAAGGGAAGUUGAAAGGGAACACACAACAAACAAAAUGAGAUUACUUAAUAUACUCAACUAGAUUUCAUUACUCAAUCACAAAUAUCUACUUUAACUGCCAUCUUAGAAAUUUUUGACUGUCUACGGUAGAAUUUUAGUUUUUUCUCAUAUGGAUCUUAGCGUGUAUGUCUUUACUUUAUACAAUAUAUAUAUAUAUAUUUUUUUUUUCUUUUUACCGAGUUGGAGACACUGUGAUAGCGUUAAUAUUCUAACUCGUUCGACUGUUCAUUACUCUAACCAUUUGCCAUUCGCCAUUAGCACUAUUGCCAAUAACAAAUACAACAACUAUUAUCACCUCUAUAUGUUUAUAUGUUUGUAUGUAAUUUUAAAUCUACUUUAUUUUCAAACUGUAAUUAGUCACUAUCUUUUAUUAAACAGUACUUUAACUAUGAACGGAUGCAGCAAACUUAUUUGAAAACUUACGAAUUUACUUUAACUUUAACACAGAAAUAUUGUGACGUCAUUUAAGCUUAUUAAAAGUUGAUAUAAAAAUGUGUCGUAUUAUUAGAAAAAAUCUUAUAUCGUUUUAUAAUCGAAAUUUUUAUGAUUUCUAACCUAAAAAUUUAAGACUUCUUGCCUAAAUUUUAUUUUUCAACUCAUUACUAACAAAUUCAUCGCAUUAAUUAUAUUAAUUGUUGAAGUGUGAAAACAAACCGAUUAAUAUGCACUGUAAGAUCAAUAAAAUAAAGAAGUAAUAUAUAUAUUA